AUCAGGCUGGUGUCACAUGGUUUAUGUUUGCGGUCACUUCAGAAACCUCUGUUGCACACAGUUACGAUGAAAGUGUUUCAGGCUUCAUUUGUAAAAUACUGAAAACUACAGAGGGACGCUAAAUCAUAAAGGGGCAGUGAUACUAUGGAAAUACCAGCCAUAAAUCUCAAGGCCAUCGUGUUGGUUCACUGGUUACUGACAGUCUGGGCAUGUUUUAUCAGCUGGCUUCCUACUUCCUAUGUGUUGGGUAACAUGAGUGUACUUGCAGUGGGAGUGUGGGCCAUUGCACAAAGAGACUCCAUAGACGCUGUAUUAAUGUUCUUGAUUGGGUUGGCAGUUACCAUCCUGACUGACAUUGUACACUUUGGGCUGUACUAUGCAGUGGGUGAAAUCCAAUAUAAAAACCUGCCACUAUUCCACUUUAGUGGGGGAAUGGCCAUUAUGAGCCUGUUGCUCAAACCUGUUUCCUGCUUCUUUGUCUACCAGAUGUACCGUGAGCGGGGUGGUGAAUACAACGUCAACUUUGGUUUUCCAAGGAUAACUCGAAACAGAGAUGCCUACCAGUCCAUUGACCACCAGGAACAGUCUGGCAUCUCUGCCAGCACCUACAACCAAGCUGAGGCUGGCAAACCUGGGCCACCUUCCUACUGAACAAAGAGAAACUUUCUUUGCUGCCAAGGCCAUAAUGAAUUACAAAAUUUUUGUUUGGGUUAUGUUUUAUAUAUAUAUAAAACACAAAAAAGCUUUGACCAAACUAUUUAAAAAGCUUUACAUUUGUUUGUUUUUUGAGGUUUGUAAAGCUCAUAAUGUGCAGUUUCAUCUUAGUUCUUCUGAAGCUGUAUUUUGGGGUGUUUGGCAGCUCUCCAAGUGCCCAUCUGUUACUAUUGGUCAAUUAUUACUUCUUUUCCGAGAUUGUAAUACUAUAGUUUUCUACAUUUAUUUGCUUCAUUUAUUAUUUGAUUCAUUCAUUUUGGUCUGCAGUGGGACUACAACAUUUUUUUCUGUUAAUACUUAGAGGAUUUGAAAGAUUCUUUUAAAGCACAUGACAUGCAAUCUGUUUUAUAUUUAUAUAGUACAAUUCAAUAGAUUGGUCAUGCACUAGAUUAUUUAUUUGGUAAGUUUGGUAAUGUUAAAACAGUGGAUUUACUAAUUUUGAGAAAUUCAAAUAUUUGGUAUAGUAUUUGAUAUAAGAAUGUAUUUAGAUACAAACAGUUAUGUAAAUGAGUGUUAAGCACUCAUUAAGCACAUGUUAAGCAAUGUUAACUUGUAAAGACUGUAUUGACUUUUAAAACAAAUGCUGAUAUCAGUGUACCAGUAUUAAUUGAUUUGUAACAAAAUUAAUUUAUCUGUUAUGUUCCAUAUUAUUCUUACUGUGCUUUACAUUAAAGAUUAUAUCAGAGAAAAGACAAUUCUGCCAUUAGUUAAUCAAGUAUUGUUGUAUCAGUGAAUGGAGAACAUCAGUUUUGCAUUCCAUGUUCAAAGUCAUAUAAAAUUACUUUAACAAGCAUUUAAAUUUUGGGUGAGCUAUUCCUUAACACUACUUUGAGGGUUAUUUUAACAGCUUCAGAAGACAAUUUUGAAAUCAAGUAUUUCUCUGUCUUUCUUUACAUCUGUUCAGUGCUAUUACUGUCCCUUGCAUGUCAGUUUGGCUCAAUCUGUUGGGUCAAACAUCUUGAACACAUUAAAGUUACAUCAGAUUGACCACA